AUGGCACCCGAACAAUCCGCAUCACCGCCAGCGAGGCGAAGGACAGGUGCAAACAGAGAGAAUCAAUAUUUAUUUAACUUAGGAGUCAAGGGAAGGAAAACUGGGGUUGAGCUUCCCGAUACUGGAAUUCGCGAUGCAGAUGGUUUGGAGCCAAUGGAUGAUCUUUUCUCUCCAGAUAAACCGGAAAGUGUUAAGACGAGCAGAAGCGCAAAUGGAUUACAAAGGAACGCACUGGAGGACGCGACAAUAUCUAGUGAGGAGGACAUGGAUAUGGAUGGAGAGAGUACAGCUCCGGAACCUGCUGAAGUCCUGAGUCAACGAAGACAAGAUGCGCGAAUAGCCAUGCCUAUACCAAGAUCGAGGUCGCCCUUAAAAACACACUUACAGUCUCCAGCCCGCAGACACCCAUCACUGGGCAUAUCUUCUCCAGCCAAAGGAGGAUCUAGCGAGGCCGACGACACUGGCCCGGUUCGAAGGAAGUUGGAUUUUUCGACUGAAGAUAUAGAAAGUGAAACGAAACAGGCAGCUAGUACUCGUGCUCCCAAGGGCCGAGGGAGACCAGGGCGCCCAGCACUGGGCAACCUUACGAAUGGCACUCGACUUUCACCUGGAAGACGCCCUCCACCAAGUUUCGAUCAGAGUAGUGAUGCGGUAGAAAACCAGGACGAUAAUGCGUUGGAGCUCAACGAUGAUUCAAUUCAAUUUAAUGCCCCAGAUGACGAUUAUGACGAUGCUCCGGUCGAUGCGCUCGAGGGAAACUCGGAAAUAGAAGAGGACGAAGAAGAGGAAGGAGGGGAGGAAGCGGAGGAAGGGGAAGAAGAGGCCGAGGAAGAAGAUGAGCCGGAGCCAGAACCAGAACCUUCUCCACCUGCCAAAACCACGAGCAAGAAUAAGGGGAAAGGUAGAGUAAUCGAGGAACCAGAACCAGAGCAGCCCGCGCCGAAGCGUAGAGGCAGGAAGCCGAAAAAUUACGCACCUCCGGUCGAAGCUGCGGAGGAAGAAAGGCAAGAAAUCGAGGAAAGACCUGCGAAGAAAGUACGACGCUCAAACGAGGCUGCUGAAGCCCCAAAGCCUGCAAGGGGCCGGCCCGGAAGACCUAGCAAUGCCACAAAAUCCGCGACAGCAUCCAAACCAGUGGCGAAACCGAAAGCUCAAGGUCGACCAAAGAUGGCUCCGAUACCUGAACUCGACUCGCCUCUGGUUCAUCGUGGUCCUCCUAUUCCUCGGAAUAAUGGCCUAUACAUUCUUCGGCGCGAGACGACAACAGCAGGCACAGGUAUGCAACGAACGCGAGCUGGCCGAAACUCGAUCAAGCCACUCGCGUUUUGGAAAGGUGAACGGGUCGAGUAUGAUGAUGAUGAAACGGUACCAGAUGGAACUCACGGUGCCAAGAUUUUGUUGCCUAGCAUCAAAGAAGUUAUUCGUGCAGAUGAAGUUGAGCAACAAAAACAGUCGAAAUCGAGGUCUUCGAAACCCUCCAAAAGUAAAGCGAAGAAGAGGGCGCGAGAGGAAGUCGAAGAAGAUUCCGAAACUGAGGAAUGGGAAUCUCAGCCUGGUCGCAUUGAAGGUUCAGUACGGACUUGGGAUCCAGAAGAUCAAGUUGGAGAGAAUGCUGCAGAGACAAUGGAAGACCUUGCGUUUUCCUCUGCUGCAAUUAAGACUCGAGAUAUUCCAAAUGCUUCGUUCAAAUUCGCCAAAACUCUCACAUUACCAUUUUUUGGUUCAGGUAUGGUCGACCUGGAACCAGGCGCUGUUAAAAAGCCCAAAAAUUCGAGGAAGAUGCAAAUGGUGUUUUUCGUCUUCUAUGGCCGAGUCGAAGUCUCGGUCAAUGGAACCUCUUUCAGAAUUGGCAAAGGUGGAAUGUGGCAAGUUCCUCGAGCAUCACCAACGAUUACGAUAAACCCGCGAGAAUAUUUUUUGCACAAGGUUGUGAAAUUGGGGACUCGGAGGGCGGCGCAGCUCCAGCAGCAAGCCAAUAAUGUAUAG